AUGGCCGGCCCGUGGUUCUUCACCCUCCUCUGUGGUUUACUGGCAGCCACCUUGGUCCGAGCCACCCUCAACCCUGCUGUGGUUCUCAACCUCGGCGCAGAAGUCAUCAGAGAAAAGCUGACACAGGCGCUGGAGGACCACAGCGCCACCGCCAUCCUCCAGCAGCUGCCGCUGCACAGAGCCUUGCGAGAGGAGCCGGCCGGGGUGCUGAGAAGCCUCGUGGACGCUGUCCUGAAAAACAUCAUCUGGCUAAAGGUCACCUCAGCUAACAUCCACCAGCUGCAGGUGCAAGCCUCAGCAAAUGCCCAGGAGCUAGUCGUCAAGAUCCCCAUGGACAUGGUGGCUGGAUUUAACACGCCCCUGAUCAAGACCAUUGUGCAGCUGCACCUGGAGAGCGAGGCCCAGGCCUUCAUCCGACUGCAGACCGGAGCCAGCGGCCCCACCCGCCUCGUCCUCCGCGGCUGCGCCACCAGCCCAGGGGGCCUGCGCAUCAGCCUGCUGCAUAAGGUCUCCUUCCUGGUCAACCCCUUAGCGAACAAGGUCAUGAAGCUCCUGGUGCCAGCCCUGCCCAAACUGGUGAAAAGCCAGCUGUGUCCCGUGAUCGAGCUGGCCUUCAAUGACAUAUAUGCAGAGCUCCUGGAGAUUAUUAGGGCGCCCGUUUCCCUCGGCCCUGACCGCCUGGAGUUUGACAUUCUGUCUCCUGCCAUCGAGGACAAUGUCAUCCAGUUCAACCUGGGGGCCAGGCUGUUGCACUCAAAGGGAACGGUGACCGUGACCAAGUGGUUCAACAACUCUGUGGCUUCCCUGACGAUGCCCACCGCGCACAGUGCCCCGUUCAGCCUCGUCGUGAGGCAGGACGUUGUGAACGCUGCGGUGGCUGCCUUGCUCCCUGCAGAAGAACUCAUGGUCCUGUUGGACUACGUGCUUCCUGAACUGGCCCGUGAACUGAAGUCAAGCAUCAGGGCGAUCAGUGAAAAGGCUGCAGAUCAGCUGGGGCCCACCCAAAUUGUGAAGAUCGUAACUCAGGAUACCCCCGAGCUCCUCCUGAGCCAAGGCAGUGCCAAGGUGGCCCAACAGAUUGUGCUGGACUUGUUCCCCACCAAUGAAGCCCACCGCCCCUUCUUCACCUUGGGCAUCGAAGCCAGUUCGGAAGCUCAGUUUUACACCAAAGGUGACCGACUUAUGCUCAACUUGAAUGAACUCAGGUCCGAUCGGAUCCAACUGAUGAAUUGGGAUAUUAACUGGUUCGAACCUGAAAUUCUGAAAAACGUCACCACCGAGAUCCUUGUCUCCAUCUUGCUGCCAAACGAGAAUGGCAAGUUAAGACCCGGGAUCCCAGUGCUGAUGGUGAAGGCCUUGGGAUUCGAGGCAGCUUCGUGCUCCCUGACCAAGGAUGCCCUCGUGAUCACCCCAGCCUCCUCGUAG